AUGGGUAAACCUGUAAGUUGUCUCAUAUUUCUACUCGUCUCUCUGCUAUCAGUCACUUCAAAAGUGCUGCCGAUUGACGAAGAAGAUCAACUUCUCUACGAGAGAUUCGCGCGACAAGGUGUCGAAAAAUUCAACCAGCAAUCGAACGAUGUCUACAAGUGGGAACUCGAUAAGACUUGGGAAGUGGAGAGGAAGUUGUCCGGUGGAAUUCAUUAUUCCAUUUUUGUCACUUUGGUAAAAACGGAUUGUAAGAAGGGAGAAGAGGAAGAAAGAAAGUGUCGAAAGACGGAUACUCUCAAGAAGUGUCAAGUCGAAAUUAACCGUCGUGUAAAGCGACACGGAUAUGGACUCAAAGAUGUGGCUCAUAUCAGAAACUGUGAAGAGGAGUUCACGAGAAACAUCGAGAAAUUUGAUCAUCGUAAAAUCCAACUGACCGACGACGAUUCGAUAACUGUGCAGGAGCUCCGUAAGGCAAAGAUCAUCCGCCCAAGAGACUAUGUCAUCUGGAAUUCUUUCUUGGAUUUUAUUGAUAGACACGAGAAGAGAUACUCAAACAAGAGAGAAGUGCUCAAGAGAUUCCGUACAUUCAAGAGGAACGCCAAGGCUAUCCGAGAGCUUCAGAAGAAUGAACAAGGAACUGCAGUCUAUGGAUUCACAAAGUUUUCUGAUAUGACAACGAUGGAAUUCAAACAAACAAUGCUUCCAUAUCAAUGGGAACAACCAGUUUAUCCAAUGGAUCAAGCUGAUUUCGAGAAGGAAGGCAUCACUAUUUCCGAAGAAGAUCUUCCAGAAUCGUUUGAUUGGAGAGACAAAGGAGCAGUUACUCAAGUGAAGAAUCAAGGAAAUUGUGGAAGUUGUUGGGCAUUCUCAACGACAGGAAAUGUUGAAGGAGCAUGGUUCCUGGCAAAGAACAAGUUGGUUUCUCUCUCGGAACAAGAGUUGGUCGAUUGUGAUGGUGUUGAUCAGGGAUGUAAUGGAGGAUUGCCAAGUAAUGCUUACAAAGAGAUUAUCAGAAUGGGCGGUCUUGAGCCAGAAGAUGCUUAUCCAUACGACGGAAAAGGUGAAACUUGUCACCUGGUCAGAAAAGAUAUUGCCGUUUAUAUCAAUGGAUCUGUCGAACUUCCUCAUGAUGAGGUGGAAAUGCAGAAGUGGCUGGUAACCAAGGGACCAAUUUCUAUUGGUCUUAACGCGAACACUCUUCAAUUCUAUCGCCAUGGAGUGGUUCAUCCAUUCAAAAUCUUCUGUGAACCAUUCAUGCUCAACCACGGAGUUCUCAUCGUUGGCUACGGUAAAGACGGUCGUAAACCAUACUGGAUUGUCAAGAACUCGUGGGGACCAACUUGGGGAGAAUCGGGGUAUUUCAAAUUGUAUCGUGGAAAGAAUGUGUGCGGAGUGCAGGAGAUGGCCACGUCUGCUCUUGUUAACUGA